GCUCAUAAACCAUUAAUUACAAACUCAAAUUGACUUCAUUAUAAACAGUUCCUCAGUAAUGAAAAAUAUACGUUUUACAAAAGAGUGGAAUGCUACUUAAAGAUUCUUCCUAAAUCUAUACAUAAACCUUUUUGAAAGUAGGCUGUUAUGAAUGAAAAAGCAAUGGGCUUAUUUCUAUUUUUUCCAAAUUUGCGUCACUACAGGUUAAAAAGAUCUUCAGACUAGUCAGAAAAAUUACUGAAACUAGACAGCAGGCGUUGGCGCGUCUAAACUAAAUUAAAUUAAGGAAAAACAGUUCACUAAAAGGAUAUUACAUUUACAGUCACUCUUCUUAGCGGAAGGGGAUUAACAAAAUGAAAGAUAGAAAGUAUGAGUAUGCCCAGCAAAAGAUCACACAUAUACGGGAUAUCGCCCUAUAUACGUGGUAAUCACCCAAUUGACGAUCUUAAUCAUUCAGUAAGGCAAUAAAACUAAAGUAUCAAAAGCAAUUUCCGUAUUUUCACGAUCGAAGACCAACGGCGCUACCCUCUCGUUUUUCUUAUUUUAGAAAGUUGCCCAAAUAUGUCUAAACGUAUUAAACUUACUCAUAAACAUAUAUCGCAUCCGUUUGAGUGGGACAUUUUCGUCUCGUGUCAAAAUAAUAUCGAAUGUAAUGGUUUUGCCAGUUUAUCACCAAGUUUUCAAGUUGAGUUAUGAAAAGAGGGGCGUGCAUAAUGUCGCAAUUUUAAGGCACGUAACUCACUGGUUUUCAGAAAAUGUUAUGAUCUGGGAUGAUCAUAGUUUUCUAGUUUAAUUAACUACCCUUUGCUUCGUUGUAUCUGAACAAAAGGCUCUCCAAGGAGGUCCACAACACCGCAAUUUUAACCCUAUCAAUCAUUGUCAGCUGCGCGAAUUUCUUGAGCAAACGAUCGGCAUUACAAAUAGAUUGAUAUGUGUACAUAGUGAUCUAACUGGUUUAGAGAGCUGAAGUAGAGACAAGAGGCAACAUCCUUUCUCACUGCUGUCAUCACAACUAGCUUUCAGUGAGACUUUUCUGAGCCAUCUCCGAUAAAACACCAACUUGCUUUAAAGAUCAUGGAGUCAGAUUUGAGUUCUUCUUCAUUUUCUAUUGAUAACAUACUCAAACCCGACAAAUGUGAUUCCACACAAGAACCUCGCUCUGCAGACCGUGCAUUAACGUUAGCAGAACGUCUGGCAGAUAUAAUACUUGAGGUACAUUAUGGUUCAUCCAGAGGGAAGCAUCGGCGGACACGCACCGCCUUCACCCACCAACAACUACAGAUACUGGAAAACACUUUCUCAAAGACGCAUUAUCCGGAUGUAGUUAUGCGGGAGCAGUUGGCGGCCUACAUUAACAUUCCAGAAUCACGAAUUCAGGUGUGGUUCAAAAACCGACGAGCCAAAUACAGGAAACAGAUGAAAGACGGGGAAGAGCUAACAACGAGUGAAAUGGAAAAUAAAGCCCUAGAGAAUCACUUCAACAGCCAUGAUGCACCAUGGAGCCCACAACAUUUUUACACAACUGCCAAUCUGCCCUUCAGUCCGGGAAGUGCUGUUUCACCCCAUAGCAACUUCACACCAUACUCGUGGUCUGCCGUUCCUUUGUACGCUUCCAGCCCGUGUGGUUGUUUACCACCGUACUCGGAUAAUCAGAGGAGAUCCUCCUGGUCGUGCACGGCAUGUUACGAAAAUACAGAUGUAAAAGGCCACUUACAAUGAGUGUGAUUUGAUUUAAAUAAGUCAUAGACGAUAUUAAAAUAAUGUAAGAGAGACUCAAACUCCACAUUUAAAUGAUGGACCCAAUGUCAUCACCAGACCUCGUCGUUCCCAUCCUUUUUGUUUUUGCCUUUUUUUGGCUGAACAAUACUUGGAAAUUGCAGAAAAUAGUCAUGCUCAAAAGUCGUUUCAUUGGCCAAAUGCACAUACGUCGAACUGUGUCUUAGAAUGAAAGGUCUGUCUAUAAAGAAUAAUAAAGUUUUCGGGUGACGUGAACAUGCCAAAUAUAUAAAUAUUAUAUUUAGGUUAUGUAUAAACGAAGUACUUCAUUUAUUUCUUCUAAGUCAAGGAUCAAGGAUCCUUACACAAGAAACUUGCUCAUUAUAAACAUUUGGAUAAAAUGCUAUUACGUAGAAAAUAUCAUAAAAUUGAGGUAAUGAGGAAAAAUGUAAAUAUAUUACCAAUGUAUACGAUUAUAAAAUAGGUUUCCUAUUUUAAGUUAACUCUUAUGACAGCUGAUAUAUGGAAAACAUACCUUAGAAUAAAAAUAAAGAAUAAAAAAAUGUGUUCAUUCUUCCA